CAGCCAGUCAUGGUGGUGCUGCCGGGAUGCGGGUGGUCCGGGUAGGAGCAUGUGGGAGGAGAGAGCGUCCCCCAGGACUCCCAGCGAGUCCCGAGCCCCCACCUCGGCAGGGGCCCGUGAUCUGUCCGUGAGUUGGACGAGGGUGUCCCCCACCUGAAGACACUCCUGAGCUGCGAGCCUGCUGCCGACCGCGGCCCCACCUACCUUCCCCAUGGAGAAGGGACUGGCUUUGCCCCAGGACUGCCGGGACUUCGGGCACAGCCUGAGGAUGAGGAGCAAAUACGCCCUGUUUCUGGCGUUUGUGGUGGUAGUUUUUGUCUUCAUCGAGAAGGAAAAUAAGAUCAUCUCCAGGGUCUCGGACAAGCUGAAGCAGAUCCCCCAGGCUCCGGCAGAGGCCAACAGCACCGAUCCCGCGCUGGUCUUGGCAGAGAACGCGUCCCUCUUGUCCCUGAGCGAGCUCGACUCGGCCUUCUCGCAGCUGCGGGGCCGCCUGCGCAACAUCAGCCUGCAGCUGGGCGUGGAGCAGGCAGAGGAGGCGCCCCCGCCCCCGGCCGGCGCGGGGCCGCGGCGCCACGUGCUGCUCAUGGCCACCACGCGCACGGGCUCCUCGUUCGUGGGCGAGUUCUUCAACCAGCAGGGCAACAUCUUCUACCUCUUCGAGCCGCUGUGGCACAUCGAGCGCACCGUGUCCUUCGAGCCGGGGGGCGCCAGCGCGGCGGGCUCGGCGCUGGUGUACCGCGACGUGCUGCAGCAGCUCUUCCUGUGCGACCUGUACGUACUGGAGCACUUCAUCAGCCCGCUGCCCGAGGACCACCUGACGCAGUUCAUGUUCCGCCGCGGCUCCAGCCGCUCGCUGUGCGAGGAGCCCGUGUGCACGCCGCUGGUCAAGAAGGUCUUCGAGAAGUACCACUGCAAGAACCGCCGCUGCGGCCCGCUCAACGUGACGCUGGCCGCCGAGGCCUGCCGCCGCAAGGAGCACAUGGCGCUCAAGGCCGUGCGCAUCCGCCAGCUCGAGUUCCUGCAGCCGCUGGCCGAGGACCCGCGCCUGGACCUGCGCGUCAUCCAGCUGGUGCGCGACCCGCGCGCCGUGCUGGCCUCCCGCAUGGUGGCCUUCGCCGGCAAGUACGAGCCCUGGAAGAAGUGGCUGGCCGCGGGCCAGGACCGGCUGGGCGAGGAGGAGGUGCAGCGGCUGCGGGGCAACUGCGAGAGCAUCCGCCUGUCGGCCGAGCUGGGCCUGCAGCAGCCGGCGUGGCUGCGCGGCCGCUACAUGCUGGUGCGCUACGAGGACGUGGCGCGCAGGCCCCUGGAGAAGGCGCGCGAGAUGUACCGCUUCGCCGGCAUCCCCCUGACCCCGCAGGUGGAGGACUGGAUCCAGAAGAACACGCAGGCGGCCCGCGACGGCAGCGGCAUCUACUCCACCCAGAAGAACUCCUCAGAGCAGUUUGACAAGUGGCGCUUCAGCAUGCCCUUCAAGCUGGCGCAGGUGGUGCAGGCCGCCUGCGGCCCGGCCAUGCGCCUGUUCGGUUACAAGCUGGCGCGGGACGCCGCCACCCUCACCAACCGCUCCGUCAGCCUGCUGGAGGAGCGGGGCACCUUCUGGGUCACGUAGGGGGCCCGGGGCACCCAGGACGCCCCCUCGUGAUAAGGCCCGCCUGCCUUCCCCACACCCGGGCCGGCGGUGAGCCACAGCCCUGGCACGGGGCGCUGGGAGCACUGCCACCGCCACCACCGCCGCCACCGCCGCCGCCGUAGCAGUAGCGCCCCAACCCCGCCCCCAGCCAGCUAGCUUCCCAGCCGCCGCCGCGGCCCUGGGGCUCUCGCUGAGAACGGACAGCGCCUGACCCCUAGGGGGACGCCACACUGGACCUCAGGGGCUGCGGCCCCCUGAGCAGGCCCUGGCGGGCCUGGGCCUGUUGCCAGCCUUCCUCCCUGUCUCUCCCACACAAGAACAGACGCGACACCCCACUCCCACCACGGGCCGGAGUCCAGCCGUUUAACGACCAGAAGGGGCUUGGGUCCUGACCAGUCACGGCCAGCGGCCCUGCACCCCUCAGUGUUCCCCUUUGCGUUUCUGGGUUGUGGAAAAGCCCUCGGUCUGGGCAGAACCUUGCAGAGGGUGCCUGGAGGGGGCGGGUGGUAGUGGAGGCGCAUCGGUUGCCCGGGACUGGAUGCCUUGGUGAGCAGGAGAGCCCGCACUGCUUCUGAUGAAUGUGAGCCCCACCCAGAGCUACGGAGCACGUGCGUGCCUGUAAAGACACGAAUGCACACAGAAGCGUCACAAAAACGCAGAGCCCCACACGUGCAUGGAUAUACAUACAGCUGCCGCAUGGCUCUGUGCCCCGGCCUGCAGAAGAGCCCUGAGUGGCGCUUCCGGGGUCACCUGGAGGAGCGGGGGGAGGAAGCCUGCUCAAGGGCAAUGACACCCGACACUGCCCCCCGCAGCCAGAUUUGGGGCUGAGUGGUGGGCUCGGAACUGCAGCACACACACACCCACACCCCGCUUGGAUGGUGGGGGCCGUCUCCUGUGGCCCCCAGGCCCUCAUGUUGGCAGGCAGGCUGUUCUGAACUGAGGUGGCCUGGCUGGCUCCCGGAGAGCAUGUCUGUAUUUGAAGGCUGCCUGGAGCCCAACCAGAAGCAGCCAUGGUCCCCGGAGGCAAGAGGCAGCCCACAAGUCCGGUCCUGUCCAGCCAGGCUUCUUGUGCGACAGAAACAAGAAGAAAGUUGGGGGGGGAUGGGAAAAGGGGUGGAGUCACAUCAUUCACGCCUCUCCCUCCGCCUGGAGGUCACAGGUCAGCCACAGGUGGCCAUGGUUGUAAUUAGUGUCCCUAGGACGCUUCUUCAGGUCUCUAGGGAAAGUAUUGCUCAACUUGGGACAGGCUGAGUUUUAUUGGGGUUUUUAGGUUAUUUAUGGCUUGGUGUCAUUUUGUUCUGCGGCUGUGACUCUGUAGCAGAACCGCUACCCCCAGGGCUUGGAGGAGGCGGGGGGGGGGAUGGGGUGGCAGGGAACCAGCAGGGAGGAGGAGGCGCCCAGGUGCACCAUGCACCAGCUGUGUGUCCAGAAGCAGCAGAGAUCGGCUGCCCCCUGCCCCCAGAGAGAGGCAGGAGGGAAGAUCACCCUCUGUGUGUGUGGGGGGGGGGGGCACAGGCCUUAGGACCAAGCAGCGAGUGUCCCCAAAGUGGAAGUCUGGCCCCACACCCUCCCCGAACCCAGGAGAAGAACCCGGGAGCUGCCAGGGAUCGGGACGGGCCACCCGGCUCUGGUUCUGACUUCCUGGGCAGCCUCUGUGUCAUAUGCGGCCCACGGUGCAGCCAGAGGGCUGGGGUUUGGUGUAACAGGGGCACCGGGGAAGUCCAGCGCCUGUGGCUGUGGGGGAGGAGGGGAGACUGUCCUGGCAGGAAGCUGCAGCUUGGAAAGACGAGGGUUACACAGGGGACCCCUGUGACCAGCCGCUGGCCUCCGGCACAGGAGCCUCACUCACUCAAGCCGCCUCGCUCCGGGUCUGGCAGGGCAAGCUUGGACUGUGCUGGCAGCUGGCUCAGGUUGGGAUCUAACUUGGCACACCAGCUCAGAGACCUUGACCGCGGGGCCAGGGUGUCUGGGGCAGGCCUGCAAGUGCAGACCAUCCUCCCUGAACCCCUACCUGCUGCCUCCCUCUCUGUGGGGCUGGGGGAGAAGCCACCCACAUCCGGGGCUCUUGUUUGCUGCCUGCCUCUGGGGCCGUGGCCUCCGAUCUCAGCUCUCAGCGGCUGCUGCCCUUGGGACUUCUCAGGACAUUGACAAUGUGUACACUGCAAGUGGACUUUAUUUAUUUAUUUGGUGGAAAGAAGAGACAGAAAAUACCUUAUUAUUUGCAGGGACCCAAAGCUGUACCCAGAUCAAGAAGCAGCAGAAAGAAACCAUUCCCACAGGAGAUGCCUGGGGAUGCUGCCGGCCCCAGGCCCCUCCACCGCUGACUCAAAGAGGCACCGGGAAGCCUGCCCUCUGCGUUAGCUCUGCCCAGGGGCCUGAGGCAGGCACAGCUCAAGCAGCUGGGGUGAACCUAUCCCCUGGGGCUCAGCCCGGCUCCUGGCUUCCCACUGAGCAGACCUGGUUGUAGGCCUACAUUUGGGGCUCUCCGUCUGGAGUUGGGAGGGAGAAAGCGGUCCAGCCAGUGCAGUGGGGCCACUGCUGACCAAACUCCAUGGAGCAGGGGGUGCCCAAGGAGCCCUCUUGGGGUUAUCUUGCCCCAUCAUCUGUGCAGCCAUGGAGGGAGCUCUGGCAGGAGAUUGUGGGGACCCUGAGCCUGGGAGGUGGACUCUUGGCCUGGGUGGCAGAGAGCAGACAGACGCACCAGCUGUCUGAUCCCAACGCUGACAGCCCCUGCCGGUGCUGGGUGAUCCCUCCCACUCCAGGGCCCGCUGUAACUGACUACAGCGCCUGGUCCUUGAUGGGCCCUGGAUCUGGAAGACAGGAGCGGAGGACUGGAUCGCUGGGUCCCCAGGGCAGUCUCCUCCCACACCAUCCCCAGAGUGAAGGGAGUCCCUGGGAUGGAGGAGGGGGAGGGACAGGCGCCUGCGCAAACCACAUGCAAGAGCGACUGGCGACAUCGGAGGCCUGGAGUAGGGGAGCGGGGCACUCGCGGGGAGUCCUGGUUUGAGGUCCUACCAGGUGCCAGGGAGAAGGCCCAGGGGUCCUGCAUGAGCCACAGUUCCCAAAAUAGCAGAAGCUGCUCUUUACCUCAAAAGCAAGAAGAUGCCUUAAGAGCUUCUAGGUCCUUCAGUCCCGUGUCCUGUGACCAUUUGACUGUGUAUGGGGGAUGGAUUCACUGUUCGUUUCCAAGGACACAGACAGACAUGGCGCCAUCUGCACAGUUCUUGCUCACUGGUGGCCCAGUUACUUUAUUUGGGGAGAAGGAUGACCCAUGUCACUUGCUUCCUCUACCACCGGCCUAGCACUGGGCAUCCCCUGGUGUCUCCAGCUCAUCUGUAUAUUCCAGGCCACGCUAUCCUGUUGCCAAGGCCAUGGUACAUGGCCACAAAGCACAAGGAAGGCCCUGGCAUGGUGCACGUGGGUGUGGCAUGUGCAUGUGUGUCCUCACGUGUGCUCGGGUAGCGUGCAGCUCACUCUGCUCGCCCUCUGGUGCUGCCCACAUUGCUCCCAGCCUCCUCGCCAUCAUGGUCCCAGAUGUCCCUGCCGUGGCCACAACCUGCCACCUCCUGGAAGGGCGGGGCUUGCCCCUUGGGGGGCUGCCGGCCGCUGGCGGUCAGGGUCUGCUUUGCCGAAUAGAAUGUGAACCCAAGGCCUGAUGCCUUACUUGACUUAUUUAAUUAAACACAGAAAGAUGCAAUG